GUCGAGUACAGUAUACAGCACGCAAUGGACGCGUCAGCAUCUACCGAGGGAACUACGAUGGAGCUGCUAAAACGACUGCUCGACAUUCUCCAGGAAGAGCGAGCGUUCGAUCGUUCGGGCAACGAACCCGUCGUGCGAUUCCUUCAACCGGAGGAGCUGCAGAAACGAAUGGCGAUCGACUUGACCGAGGAACCAGCCACCGCGAAGGAGAUCGAGACAGCCAUUCGCCAGACAAUUCAAUACUCGGUAAAAACGUUCAGCCCGCAUUUCCACAAUCAGCUCUACGCUGGCAUCGACGAAUACGGAUUGGCUGGCUCCUGGUUGACGGACGUCUUGAACACUAGCCAAUACACGUACGAGGUAGGCCCGGUGUUCUCGUUGAUGGAACGGCAAGUGAUAGAGAAGUCGCUGGAACUGGUGGGGUAUCCUCGGAUGCCGGAAGGCGAUGGUAUUCUAAGUCCUGGAGGAAGUAUCUCCAAUAUGUACGGUAUGGUGUUAGCCAGGUAUAAGAAGAUACCGGACAUCAAGACGAAGGGACUCGUAGGUCAGCCGAGGUUGAUUUCUUUUACCAGCGAGGGUGGCCAUUAUUCGAUCACGAAGGGAGCGCAUUGGCUAGGUUUGGGAACCGAUAGCAUUUACAAGGUUAAAUGCGACGAGUUGGGCCGCAUGCGACCGGAUAUGCUAAAGGCCGCCGUUGCAGAGGUCAGAAGCCGAGGUCACUUACCGUUCUUUGUCAACGCCACGUGUGGAACCACGGUGCUAGGUGCUUUUGAUCCCCUCCUAGAAAUCGCAGCGAUCUGCCGAGAAGAGGAUCUAUGGUUACACGUUGACGCUUGCCUGGGCGGUACCCUGUUGCUUUCGGAAAAGUAUAGAACGCGAUUACGAGGAAUCGAGCUCUCGAACUCCGUGGCCUGGAAUCCGCACAAGAUGCUCGGCGCACCGUUCCAGUGUUCGUUGUUCUUGAUCAAGGGAAAGAACAUUCUACACGAGGCGAAUUGCGCGGGCGCGAGAUACCUUUUCCAGCAGGACAAACACUACGACGUAUCGUGGGACACGGGCGACAAGAGCGUGCAGUGUGGGAGAAAGGUCGACGGUGCCAAGCUAUGGCUGAUGUGGAAAGCGCGAGGAACUCGAGGAUUCCGCGAAUCUGUAGAUGUUGCGAUGGCUGCGGCCGAGUACUUCUUCCAACGAAUCAAAGACCGAGAUGGUUUUCGACUGGUCCUUCCCGAAUACGAAAGCUGCAACAUUUGCUUCUGGUAUAUACCGCCCAGCAUGCGUGAUCAAGAGGAAACCCAAGAUUGGUGGGACAAAUUGUACAAAGUCACCUCGAAAAUCAAGGAACGUAUGAUGGUCGAUGGAUCGCUGAUGGUUGGUUAUACACCUCUCUCGUACAAGAAUAUCGGCAAUUUCUUCCGUAUGGUCGUUACGUGUCAACCACCUCCUACGGAAGCUUCGAUGAAUUUCGCUAUUGAGAAAAUCGAAGAAUUAGCCUCCGAUUUGUGAGCGGUCUAUCGCGUCUAAAGAUAAUGUAUCGCUUCGACGCGAUAUACUUAAUGGCCGUCAUUAUAUUUUUUAUCACGCUUGAUAUGCCGAGACUUCCACGACGGCAUUAACUUUAAAAAAAAAAAAGAGAGAAAAGAUCAGUCCGAUCUUGAAACGUGCUCGGUUAAUUUGUCGACUACACUUGAAUCGAAUCGGAGUCGGAUAUAUCGGAUCGUCUUUUUAUUCCCGGCUAUUCUUCGUACAUGUAACUUGACACGAUUCCGCGACUCAAUGUGAGCCAAUAAACAAAUGCGAUUCACGCGUAUGUGCCUUGAACACGCAAUGCAAACACAUACAUACACACACACACACACAUGCACGUGUUACACUCAUUCCUAGGUACAAAUCGAUUCGCACACGCAUUCGACGUAGUUUUUAAAUUCAUGUCAUGGCACUAAAUCGUUCGAUAUGAAACUCGAAGUCAUCUUUCCUUAAAAUAAAAAGAGUAUACUGUU